GUCUGGACAUUAAAGGCUGGAAAUUCAUUCUUCGUACGAAAGAGGUCCUGUACAGGCCAGUCCAGGACGGUGUAGAGGCCUCACGAUAAGCAGAGUGGAGGAAGAUACUGAAGAGCACUGCAGAGUAGCGGAGCCCAUGCGGCGGGCACGCUUGCCCUUGGGGCAGCGGCCAUUUUGUCUAUCUGCGGCGUCGGUUUGCGUCAUUUUGUUGCUCAGCGGCUCCUGCUCUAGGUUUACGGAAGCUUCAAAGGCCCUCAUUGACACAGGAGCUGGAAGGCAACUUUUACAGCGGACCCACCCCUAUGAAGGCCACAAAGAAACCAACUUGCAGCAGCAGGAGACCACAGCGGUCGCACAGCCUCAGGUGAGCGAGGCGACGCAGGCAAACCCCGUGGCGGCGGCCGAUCUCGGCCUGCCGGCUCCGGCCCCGGCUCCCGCGCCAGCCGCUGAGCGUGUCGUAGCACCUGAGCUGCCCGGCCUCGCAUUCCUGGGCCUGCCCCCCCUGCCCGCGCUGACUACUCAGGAGCGCUCCGUCCCCGAUGGCGGGCCCGGUGCUCUACCGCCCAUGCCCGAGGCCGGCGCGCAGGUUGCGAGCGCCCCGGACCCGAACGUGAACCGCCCGCUGACCCUCAACGACGACAACACCCCCAACGCGCUUGCGCCCGCCAUGUUUGACGCCGAAAGAACCUUCCAGGAGGUGACAACGGCGUUCGCGGCUCCCUUCAUUGCAGCCGCGUCCGCGCCGGCCCCGUCAGCGUCCCAGAUCCUGUCGGCCUUCACCCAGCUGAUCCCUGAGGCGCCAACGCCGGCGGUGUCCAUCAAGGUGGCGGACCUCCAGGGCCGACCGGCCGCCGCAUUCAAGCUGCCCACCGCUGACACCGUCUUUGCCGCGCUCGAGAAGCUCGGCCGCCGCCACCUGCUGCAGGAGGGCGCGCCAGCGCCGGCUCCCGAGGCGGCUGCCGGCGGCCUCCCUGGCCCCGGCUUCCCGGCGCUGCCGCAGCCGGCCGCGCAGGCCGCCGAUGCGUCGUCAUCGGCCGACGGCGCAUGGUACCAAACCAACGAGGGGAACCUGCCACCAGGCCAGCCGCAACCGCAGGGCCUGCCUCAGCCGCAGGGCCUGCCCCAACCGCUCCCGCAGGCGGCGCCUCUGCAGGGGCUUGCGCCCGCCGAGCAGCCUGGCCAGGCCGUUGCCACCGGCGCGCCGCUGCCGGAGGCCGUCGCCCCCGGCCCCGCCAUCGCCUUCGGCCCCAUCCCCUCGGAGGUCAAGACCUUCGCGACGAAGCUGGUGAACUUCAUCGGCGCCGAGGCGCGCAAGCAGUUGCCCAAGCAGAUCGACAUCCUUCCCGGCAUCGGCCGCAAGCUGCAGCAGGGACCUCCCGAGCUGCCCGCUGAGCUGCAGCCCGCUCUCCCCGAGAUGACCGAGCCUUUUGCUGCCAUGGCACCUUCCAUGAUGGCUGAGUCACCCAUGACUGCUGAGGCCCCCAUGACCGCCCCAGGUGGUCUCCCCCAGCCAGGCCCCAUCUUCCAGGCUCUGCCUGAGCCGCUGCCCCUCCCUCCCCUGCCCCAGCCAGAGAGGCCCGCCCAGGCAAUGAGCCCCGGCAUGGCCCCUGAGACUGCCCCUGCCGGCCUCCCCCAGCCAGGAACCAGCUUCCAGUCCAAGUCCAAGUCUUUCAAGGGAUUCAACGGGCUCCCAGGCCGCAAGUUGCAGCAGGGCCCUCCCGAGCUGCCCACUGAGCUGCAGCCCGCUGUCCCUGAGAUGAUCGAGCCCUUCGCUGCCAUGGCUCCCUCCAUGAUGGCUGAGGCCCCCAUGACCGCCCCAGGCCGCAAGCUGCAGCAGGGACCCCCCGAGCUGCCCGGUGAGCUGCAGCCCGCUGUCCCUGAGAUGAUCGAGCCCUUCGCUGCCAUGGCCCCCACCAUGAUGGCUGAGGCCCCCAUGACCGCCCCAGGUGGCCUUCCUCAGCCGGGCCCCAUCUUCCAGGCACUGCCCGAGCCGCUGCCCCUUCCCCCUCUGCCCCAGCCAGAGAGGCCUGCCGAGGCCAUGAGCCCCGGCAUGGCCCCCGAGACCGCCCCUGCCGGCCUCCCUCAGCCGGGCACCAGCUUCCAGUCCAAGUCCUUCAGGGGAUUCAACGGGCUCCCAGGCCGCAAGCUGCAGCAAGGCCCUCCCGAGCUGCCCGCUGUCCCUGAGAUGAUCGAGCCCUUCGCUGCCAUGGCACCCUCCAUGAUGGCUGAGGCCCCCAUGACCGCCCCAGGAGGCCUCCCUCAGCCGGGCCCCAUCUUCCAGGCACUGCCCGAGCCACUGCCCCUUCCCCCUCUGCCCCAGCCAGAGAGGCCCGCUGAGGCCAUGAGCCCUGGCAUGGCCCCUGAGACCGCCCCAGCUGGCCUCCCCCAGCCAGGCACCAGCUUCCAGGCACGCUUCUUUUAUUCUUUCACACACCUAGCAUCCAAGUCCUUCAGGGGCUUCAACGGGCUCCCAGGCCGCAAGCUGCAGCAGGGACCCCCCGAGCUGCCCACUGAGCUGCAGCCCGCUGUCCCUGAGAUGAUCGAGCCCUUCGCUGCCAUGGCCCCCUCCAUGAUGGCUGAGGCCCCCAUGACUGCUGAGGCCCCCAUGACCGCACCAGGUGGCCUCCCCCAGCCAGGCCCCAUCUUCCAGGCUCUGCCCGAGCCGCUGCCCCUUCCCCCUCUGCCCCAGCCAGAGAGGCCCGCCCAGGCAAUGAGCCCUGGCAUGGCCCCUGAGACUGCCCCUGCCGGCCUCCCCCAGCCAGGCACCAGCUUCCAGUCCAAGUCAAAGUCCUUCAAGGGAUUCAACGGGCUCCCAGGCCGCAAGCUGCAGCAGGGACCCCCCGAGCUGCCCGGUGAGCUGCAGCCCGCUGUCCCUGAGAUGAUCGAGCCCUUCGCUGCCAUGGCCCCCUCCAUGAUGGCUGAGGCCCCCAUGACUGCUGAGGCCCCCAUGACCGCCCCAGGUGGCCUUCCCCAGCCGGGCCCCAUCUUCCAGGCACUGCCUGAGCCGCUGCCCCUUCCCCCUCUGCCCCAGCCGCAGAGGCCCGCUGAGGCCAUGGCCCCUGGCAUGGCCCCUGAGACCGCCCCUGCCGGCCUCCCCCAGCCAGGCACUGUCCUGCAGUCCAAGCCCAUCUCCUUCCAGGGAUUCACCCAUGGCCGCAAGCUGGCAGAGGUUCCCGCGCCUGCCCCCGGCCCGACCGCCUCGCGCCGCACCGGCCAGUUGCCGAUGCCACCGCUGCCACCCCUGCCCGCCGGCGCCCCCGAGCCCGGCCCAGUCGGCGGCGCGCAGGGACCCCAGCCAGAGCCCUUCAACGCCCAGGCCCCAUCCUUUGAGGUGCCCCAGGAGCUGACCACGGGCCUCACCAACAUCUUCAAGGCCGCCGUGCCCAACUUCCUGGCGCAGCUUGCCGGCUGAGCGCUGACUCACCAGGAGACAAACAGCUGCAUCAACGCAAGCAAUGCUGAUGUGGCGGCUCAGCAUGUGUGAUGGCUGCAGUGCCAAUGAGCAAGAUUUUGCUUCAGUUGCUGCAGGCAGACAUGAGCAAGCCUGCUGACUGUGCAACAAGCCAGAACCUGCUGAACCUUGAACCUGCUGAUGACUGGGCCCCUACAAGGGCUGCAAUCGCACUCAUCAAUCUAUGGACAUGAACUUACGGGUAGUACAGAACAUGCUGAUGUGUCAGUGUAGACUUGUGUUCAGACCAUUGGAUUCAGCCUAUUGAAGGGAAACUAGAUUUUUGACACACGACAGGUCUGUGAGAGAGUGCAGCAAUCAAGAUGGCAUCACACAUUGCCGGUACGGAUCUGUUGGAUUGUCUAUCUGUUGGGGUUCACCAGAAUUGCAGGCUGACCAAUAGUUGGGAGCAGUCCCCUUGAUUUUAUUUCAUUUAUGCUUCAUUUGAUCAUUUAAUUUCAUGUGCGUGGGCUCUGGGAGCAUGUAAAGACUUCCAUGCCUUUC